AUGUCGAGCCACCAUCCCGGAGAGGGCUGGUCGGAACGCAACCCAGUGCCUACUGUUCAGCAGUACAGAGAGGAGCAGGAAGCUCGUCUCCAGCAUCAGGAAGACCUGCGACGUGCUACUGCCACGGCCAAUGCUUCCAAGCUUGCCUCGAGCGACGCUGAUGAGGCUUCCCCUCGUGGAGCCUCCACUACUGGCGCUGCUCCUGCCAUUCAUAGCUCCCUCGAUGGGCUGAGGCAGCGUCACAGCACUCCCAACACCGAUCAGCCCACCGCAAAAGACAGCGCUCAUCGUAAUUCCACCACUUCUGAGCCUCCCAAGGAGGACAAAGUCCAAGACACCCCCGGAGGCGGCGUCGAAGAAAAGGAGCGCAUCAAGAAAGCGCAGGCUCCCAAAGGCAAGCCCAACGAAUUUGAAGCAAAGGGCGAGCGCGUUGUCACCGACCCCACCACGGGUAAAGACGUCCAGAUCCGCGAUGCUGCCGAGAAUGCAAAGAUCAGCCCAGACAAGCUCGACUCUCGAUACGGCCCAGGCUUUUCAUCCCACAUCCCCAAGGAUCCUUCCAAGCAUCAGACCCUUCACACGUCGCCCUAUCCCGCCGAGCCUUCCAACGUUUUGCUCUAUCGCUUCCCUGAACCUGCAAACAGCGAUAUCAUUCAGGGCAUGCAAUCCGCCUUCAACCAGCUCGCUAUCGGCCUCGGCGCCUCCUUGGCGCUCAUCUGGUUCUUCUUUGCCUUUGGCAAUGGAUGGUGGAAGUUCUUCAUUCGCACCACCAUCUUGCUCGUCGUCGGUUUCUGCGGAUGGACCGGCAUCCACCUCCAGUCGCGCAAAAUUGAAAAGGAGCACGACGCUAUCAGGGCCGAGAUGCACAAGCAGCGCGGUCAGAGCCUCUCACCUCCGAUGCCUGAGAGUGUCGAGUGGCUUAACGCUGCCAUCGCCUGUAUCUGGAAGCAGAUCAACCCAGACAUGUUUAUUCCCAUGGCCGACAUGGUCGAGGACAUCAUGCAGCAGUCUUUGCCUGGUUUCAUCGAUGCCGUCAAGAUUGACGACAUCGGUAUCGGUGAUAACCCGUUUCGUCUUGUCGCUAUGCGCGGUCUUUCGGAUAUGAUGAGCGACAAAGAAUACCCUCGCGAAGAGUGGAUCGACCAAGGCAAGAAGGACCAGCUCAAGGCCGAAGAGGAAAAGAACAAGAAACAGGAAAAGGAAAAAGUCAGCGAUGCCAAAAAGGAACUGGAAGACGCAGCCGAUGCCGAUGGCGACGGUAUCGCUGAUGACGACGAGUCCGGUGACUUUCUUAACUAUGAGAUUUCCUUUAGCUACUCGGCUCGUCCCGGCCAAUCCAACAAGGACAGGGCCAAGAACAUCCAUCUCAUGAUCGAAUUCUUCAUUGGCGCCUACGACCUCUUCCAGAUCCCUCUGCCCAUUUGGAUCCAGGUCGAGCACAUUUCCGGUACCAUCCGUUUGCGUGCCCAGAUGGUACAGCAACCGCCUUACAUCCGCAACCUCACUUUUACACUUAUGGGAGUCCCCAAGGUCGAAAUCUCGGCUAUUCCCAUGCUGAAAGCUCUGCCCAACGUUUUGGAUCUUCCGCUCAUCUCUGGUUUUGUCCAGUCGUCGAUCGCCGCUGCUGCCAACAUGUACGUCGCCCCCAAGAGCAUGACGCUCAACAUGGCCCAGAUACUCUCCGGCGACGGAAUCAAGAAGGAUACCGACGCCGUCGGUGUCCUCGUCGUCGAAAUCGAGUACGGUGAGGGUCUCAGUGCUCAGGACGCCAAUGGAAAGAGCGAUCCAUACGUCGUACUCGCCUUCGCCAAAUUCGGUCGACCGCUCUACAGUUCGCGCAUCAUCUUUGAGGAUCUCAACCCUGUCUGGCAAGAAACUGCCUUCUUGCUGGUCAGCAAGGACGACAUUCGUGCCAAUGAGUCGCUUUCGAUCCAGCUGUGGGACUCGGAUGCGCGAACCGCUGACGACAUUGUCGGACGUGUCAAUACGCCCAUCAAGGAUCUCAUUCGCAACGCCAACCACGUGCAAGACCGAACGGACAAGCUGAUGGGCUUCGAAGAUGCUGACAAUAUGCCCGGCGAACUCAAGUGGAAAGUUGCCUUCUACGAAAAGGCCGAAUUCAACAUGGCGCUCGUGCCCAAAAAGAAGAAGGAAGACAUGUCCCAGGUCGAAAAGGAAACGCAGCGAGGCGAAGGCUCUGCCAUCGACUCGGCCGACGAGAAGAUUGCGCUUCACUGUCCUCCCGACCCAGAGUACCCUUCGGGUAUCCUGAGCAUCAUUGUCCACCACAUUUCCGGUCUCGAGAACCGAGACGUCGAAAAGGGUGUCAUGGGCAAGGAGCGCGAGGGCACGCAUGGACAAGACGUCGAUGCCAAAGCCGGUGAAGGUAAAGCGCUGCCCAGCGGUUACGUCGAAUUCAUCGUCAACGACGACAUCAUCUACAAGACGCGCGUCAAGCAGUACACCAACAUGCCCUUCUACGAAGCCGGUACAGAGACGUUUUUGCGUGACUGGACGCGCACCGAGGUGCGUCUUGCGGUUCGAGACGCUCGUCUGCGCGAGCACGACCCUAUCAUGGGCAUCGUGUCGAUGGACCUAACUCAGGUGUUUAGCGAGUCGUCGCAAGUGACCCAGUCGUUUUCGCUUCAGGACGGUGUCGGGUUCGGCAAGGUGCACUGCAGCCUGGUGUUCCGGAGCAUCAAGGCUCAGUUGCCCAAGAAUCUGCUCGGCUGGGACACUGCUACUGUCGAGCUGCUCUCGGAAAUUGAAAUUUCUGGAGACGAAAAGCUCAAGACCAAAAAGAUCAAGGUUUCCACGGGAGACGACACGCAAAAGAUCUAUCCUGGCCAACACAUUCCCGAUGACGCCGACACGCUUGUCCGCCUGCCCGUAUACGACCGCUACAGUUCUCUGCUCACCUUCGACUUGGGCGGCGGCGGACUAUCGCUGGGUCCGCUCGGCGGCAAGCCCGACGCUGUCGCUGUCGCAGCGCUGUGCGAUAUUCCCGAUGGAGAAAUCGUCGAUCUCGAACUCGACAUUCUCGGCGGUGACAACCUCGGCACGCUCAAGCGUAACUACAUCAACGAGCAGACGCGCAAGACGCACAAGUACGAAGUUGUGGGCAAGCUUCGGGUCAAGGUUCGCAUCGACGCCGGCCUCGAUGAUGACCACUUGCGUCUGGUCGAACGUUCCAGCGGUCGCAAAGACAGGCACGAAUUUGACGUAUACAACCGUCUCGAGGGGAUGCCGAACCGAGCAGUGGAGAAUUCACACGCCAACGAUGACGGUGUCAUUGAUCGCAAGGAGCAGAAGCAGAUUGACAGAAGUAAGCGCGAGGCGCUGCACUCGAGACACCGCGGUGCAAUGGGUUACGGUGGUGCUAGGACGGCAGUCUGGGCCAAAGACGGAAUCAGGGAUAGGAUCCGCAGGGUGUCUUCCAAGAUUUCAGGUAAGAAGGGUCGCGAUCAGACGAUCAAAUCUGAGGCCUGA